CGAAAGGUGCCUUGGGUUGCACCCAGAUCUCCUCCACCCUUCCCAGACGUCUCCGGGGAGAUAAGGGCCACCUAUCCCUCGGCAGCCCAUCUGGGUCAGGGGCAGAUUCUCCAGCGAGGUGAGUGGUGCGAUUCUCAGACCUCCGGCUUCUCUGGGCCUGGAAAGUCAGCAAGGAGAUCCAGGGGCUGCUGAGCCAACAGCAUGUGGCUCAGGACCCCCAUCCUGGUCCUCCUCCUCCUCCUCCUCAGGGCCGGCCGAGGGGACCAGGAUUGCAGUGGCGCUCCGAACAAGAGCUGCCCCCAUCAAGACAUCCAGAGGGGCAGAGGCAUCACAGAGAUCCCCAAGUCCGUUUCUCCCGUUGUCACUGAAAUGUUCUUUAUUGAGACCAGCAUUGCGGAAAUCAGGCGGGGGGCCUUCGAGAACAUGUCUAACCUGGUGAACAUUGAAUUCAUAAACAGCAAGGUUGAAAGAGUGGAAGCAGGAGCUUUUGAUAACUUGGAGAAAUUGAUGAACUUGGAAAUCACGGGGGCCGAGUUAGAGGCUCUCCCUGUGGGCACCUUCCGGUCCCUGGCUCACCUGCGGAAAGUGAACCUGAGGGACUCCCACGUGAGAAGGAUCGAAAAAGGGCUGUUUGAUGGUCUUGGGGGUUUGGAGGAGGCUUAUCUGCAUCGGAACGAAAUCGCCUCUCUCCCUGACGGAGUUUUUGAUGGGCUCCCUAAACUCUCCUUGUUACAUCUGGGGUGGAACCAGAUCUCCAACAUCUCUCCGGACCUCUUCAAGCAACUGACCCAGCUGAAGACUCUCCGGCUGCAGAACAACCAGAUCGGGAGUCUAGGGGAGGGGACCCUGGACAGCCUGCAGGAUCUAGUGGAGCUCAAUCUGGAGAGCAACAGGAUCCAGUCUCUCCCGCCCAACUUGCUGAGACAGCUGGUCAAUCUGGAGAAGAUUUUCCUGGACAAGAACUUGAUUGAAGUUCUCCCAGAUGAGAUCUUCCUUGGACUGAGAAACGUGAAGCAGCUGAAGAUGGCCUCCAACCACCUGAAGGCCCUCCCGCCCUUGGGGCCCAUGCGGCUGCUCAAGGAGCUGGACCUCAGCAGGAACAAGAUCUCCUCUCUGGAGAAUUUGGCAGCCGCUUCCCUUCCGUCCCUGACCACGCUCAAGCUUCAAGAGAACCUUCUGGAGACCAUCCCCACGGGCCACUUUGACCCCCUGGGGAAGCUCACGGCCCUGCAUCUUGGAGACAACCCGUGGAGGUGUGACUGCCACCUCCUCUAUCUUCAUCAGUGGAUACACAAUAAUGCCAAAAGAAUAAAGGACACCAGGAAGAUCAUCUGUAGGAGCCCCGGAGACCUGGCUGGGAAAGCAGUGAGCUCACUGUCAGAAGACCAGCUGCUCUGUUUAACAACAACUGCACCCAUUGUAACCACCUUCAAAGCCGCCCCCUCGCCCACAUCUGCUUCUCCAUCUGCCACCCCUGCCAGGGGAAGCACAGCAGGUGCCUCAGCUUGGUCCAUCAUGCUGCCGGAGACCAGCCCCUCGUCUCAGACCUCGGCUGCAGCUCCUCAAACCCAUCCUGCUAAGAGCACACACAUCACGAGUAUCAGCAGGACGUGGUCCACAACCGCCCCUACGAGCCCCCAGCCCCCACCCCCCAGCUCCUCCCUGGCCCCCACCCAGAGUUCCACCUCUGCCAGGACAAGUCCUGACAUCACAACCCUUCAAGCCACAACUUCCACGAGUUCUCUAACCACAACCAAAGAUGCCACAACUGUCUCUGAGAUUUCAUCCACAGCCCAUGAAACGACGUCUACAAAUACUCCAGCCACAAGCACGGAAGCCACAACUGUCCUUGAAUUGCCUUCCACAACCCUUCAAGACACAACUUCCAUGAGUUCAACCACAACCGAAGAUGCCACAACUGUCUCUGAGGUUUCUUCCACAGCCCAUGAAAUGACAUCCACAAAUACUCCAGCCACAACCACAGAAGCCACAACUGUCCUUGAAUUGCCAGUCACAACUUCCAUGAGUUCUCUAACCACAACCGAAGAUGCCACAACUGUCUCUGAGAUUUCUUCCACAACCCAUGAAACGACGUCCACAAAUACUCCAGCCACAACCACGGAAACCACAAGUGUCCCUGAACUGCCUUCCACAACCCUUCAAGACACAACUUCCAUGAGUUCUCUAACCACAACCGAAGAUACCACAAUUGUCUCUGAGAUUUCUUCCACAACCCAUGAAAUGACAUCCACAAAUACUCCAGCCACAACCACAGAAGCCACAACUGUCCUUGAAUUGCCAGUCACAACUUCCAUGAGUUCUCUAACCACAACCGAAGAUGCCACAACUGUCUCUGAGAUUUCUUCCACAACCCAUGAAAUGACAUCCACAAAUACUCCAGCCACAACCACAGAAGCCACAACUGUCCUUGAAUUGCCAGUCACAACCCUUCAAGACACAACUUCCUUGAGUUCUCUAACCACAACCGAAGAUGCCACAAGUGAGAUUUCUUCCACAGCCCAUGAAAUGACAUCCACAGAUACUCCAGCCACAACCACAGAAGUCACUGCACCCCGGGACAUGCCCACCAAGACUCCCCCCACGGCUCUGACCAACAUCAGCUCAGCAAGACUCUAUGAACAGUUUACAGUCCCCAAGAGAUCCACAGAAAGCCAGGAUCCACCCACCCACCCUCCUGUGAUCACCACGUCAUCCGUCUGUAGGUCCAGACCCCCGGCUCCAGAGCCGCUGACCAGGCAAACCUUGACAGUGCCCAGCAUCACAGCCCCCGGGGCGACGCUGGCACACACGCCCGUUGCAGGGUCAGCCCCGGUACUGCCAUCUGCAGCAGAUCAGCCCUUUUGCCCUCCCUCCUCCCUCUCUCCUUUGCCCCGGAGUGUUGGCAGCCCCCUUUCCCCCAGCCGGCCUGCCCUUGUGCCCCAGCAGCACUGGGCCUGGGGUCUCCUGCUGAGCUCCGACUACCAGUAUUGCCCAGUGUUCCUCCUGCUGUAUCUCUCCAUGCUCUCCGUGAGCAUCUUCUGCGCAGCCGUCUUGGGGCGCCUGGCAUACGCCCUCCACAAAGCCACAGAGCCGGUCCAGCUGCCUUGCAGGCCAGUAAGGCUGGUGCACGUCAAGGCCAGGCAAGGGAGGAAGUGAAGUCUGGGGGCAGAGAGGCAGCCUGCAGUCUCUCCCACAGGAGCCCCUGCCCUGUGGCACGCCCGCUGAGACCCAGGCUGCUUCUUGCUAACACUGCCACCUCCUGGAACCCAAGGGAGAGGGCAGAGGGGGAGACCGCAGCUGUAUCCCUACCUGGCACCAGACAGGCUUUGUUAUCCAUCAUGUGGUGGGGCUAUGAUAAUGCUGUCAGAACCCAUACCUAUACCUAUAGGGUCCCUUAUCCUUUCCCCCUCCUCCAUUUCUUUCUCUCUACAUUUCUUCCUGACCCAAAUCCCACUCUCUUCUCUUCCUGAGUUCUGCCAUACUGGGGGGGGGAGGGGGAAGUGCUGGAGGGUUAUUGCCUUGAUUUCCUCUAUCGCUACACUGUAACACUUUGCUCUCCUGUAUUAUUUUCUGUGAACUUUCCCAUCCCUUAAUGUCAGCUAGCAAAGGGAGGGAAAGAAUGGAAUGCAACCUCCCUGGACUGGUUUAUCUCUGCGCUCUCAAGGGAAGGUGUGAAGAGCCCCCAAAACAUCACAACUACAACCAGAGAUGGCCUGAUGUUAUCUCCCCUUUCCCAGGAGGAGCUUAACACCUGGGAAUUGGGCCAUUUGAACCGGAUGAACAAUGGGGUGGGGUUUUGCUUGGGACACUUUUACCUAUUGAUCUGAGUGGGAAAUCCUCAGAUCCUGUCUAGUGUGCCUGCUAUCAGCUUCUCCUAAUAAAAGAUCCCUUUGGAGGAAACUG